AUGCAGUCUAAACGGGAAUACGAGCUGUGGUGUGAGAAGGUGAAUCCUGAGAACAAGGCGGCGCUGGAGGCGUGGGUCAGGGAAACUGGCAUCCGACUGGUGCAGGUGAACGGGCAGAGGAAGUACGGCGGGCCACCCCCAGGCUGGGUGGGCAGCCCGCCGCCGGCCGGGUCGGAAGUGUUCAUUGGCCGGCUGCCCCAGGACGUGUAUGAGCACCAGCUGAUCCCACUGUUCCAGCGCGUGGGCCGCCUCUACGAGUUCCGCCUCAUGAUGACCUUCAGCGGCCUGAACCGCGGUUUCGCCUACGCCCGCUACAGCUCUCGGCGCGGUGCGCAGGCCGCCAUUGCCACGCUGCACAACCACCCCCUGCGGCCGUCCUGCCUGCUGCUCGUGUGCCGCAGCACCGAGAAGUGCGAGCUGAGCGUGGACGGGCUGCCUGGGGCGCUCACCCGCCGCGCGCUGCUGCUCGCGCUGCAGCCGCUGAGUCUCGACCUUGAGGAGGCGCUGCUGAUGUCCAGCCCCGGGCCCACGCCCACGCAGAUCGCGUUGCUCAAGUUCAGCUCGCACCGCGCCGCUGCCAUGGCUAAAAAGGCCUUGGUGGAAGGACAGUCGGCCCUCUUUGGAGAGCAGGUGACUGUGGAGUGGCUUAAGCCAGAAUUGAAGCAGCAGCUCCGCCAGCAGCUCAUGAGUCCAUCACUGCAGUGUCUACAGCCAGAAAGCAGCCAGUCAGCCCUGGCCAGGGACAAGCUGGGGCCGCGAGCUGCCCUGCAGUUACUGUGCCAGCGGAUGAAGCUGGGCAGCCCUGUGUUCCUCACUAAGUGCUUAGGUACAGGUCCUGCCGACUGGCACCGCUUCUGGUACCAGGUGGUGAUCCCUGGGCAUCCAUUGCCCUUCAGUGGCCUUAUCUGGGUUGUGCUGGCCCCAGAUGGGCAUGAUGGGCAUGAAGUGGCCAAGGAUGCUGUGUCUGCACGAUUGCUGGAAGCACUGAGUGAAUCUGGCACCAGCUUCCUUUGCUCUGCCGGGUCUGAGGCAGGUACCCACGGUUAAGCAGUGA